GGGGUUAAAGUGGUGAACCGGGUCCCACAUACCCGCUUGCAUCGUAUGCGCGGGGCAGCUGAUGCUGUCAUUAGGGACACUGCACCGCCACAGCGACAAAGAAGAUUGCGUCUCAACUCCAUUCUUGCAGGCUUGUGCUUGCUCGGGAACACGGUGCAACUGAGGUCGCACAGGUACACAAUAAUGAUACUAGCACAGUCGGAAAAACACAGUAUAAGCCCUGUAGUUAAGAGUUCGCUGAGCUUAGGCCGACGCGAGCAGUGAGGGGAAAGUGAACGGACCGGACUAGGGCCAGAGC